CGCCAUAUGGGCCACAGCUGCCCCACGGCACAAGUGUGCCAACCACUGCCAGCGAGUUUGAGCGCAUCCUCUACGAAGAUGACCACAGCUCAGCCGCAUCAUUCAGCAGCCAAUCAGUUUGCUCAUAUAGUGAGCAAUUCGGCUUUGAAGAUGACGAGGACAGCGAGCAACCCUAUGCCGCCCCAGCAGAACCCCUCCCUGAGGGACUGCAGAUCAUAGAGGACAGCGCAUCUGAUUCCUCUGAUGCUCCACUAAGCCGCAGACUACGAUCCCACACAAAGAAGGCCCGCCACACAUCCCCACAGUUGGACAAGCAGGGCGCUGCAAGUGCUCACUAGAACACUAGCACCAAACUGCUAACAACUGGAACUGUUUCUGAAUGUCAGCUCGAGAAAUUCGAGAAGAUAUGUUAGAGACCAUUGGCAAACGACCUACCUCUUCACGACCUUCAACGGGCUCUAUGGCUAAUGCCCCAUUAGCCAGAGGCCCACCACCACCCCCAAACAUCCUUGCCGCUGCCUUUGUGCCUGAUGAACACAACGAUAGUGACAAUGAGGAUCCACAAGAACAGGAGCCUUCGGGCACUGACUCGCCAUACCCAGAUUCACCAGCCUGGGCUGAACUACCAGUCCCUGAACCACCAUCCCUCCACCCACUCUCCCUCCCACGCCUCUGUAUUGCCUCAGCAAACAUGCAAGGUGCAAUGAGUAAUGAGCGGAAAUUGCUUGAGUUUGAACAACUCGCAAAAGACAAUGCUGUGAACAUCGUGUUCAUCCAGGAGUUCCAAGGUGUAUUUGACCCAUCUACACGCCUACGGGGAGCAUUCAAUGGCUUUGUCUGCUCAGCACCUGCCCCUACUACUACACGAUCUGAUGGUCGCCCUGCCCACUAUGACACAGUCAUUCUGACAGCCAAAGCACUUGGUGCUGUAGAGCUGCAGACACCAUUCUCAUCACCACGAGCAACAUUCCUCACUAUCCCCUCACUGCGCCUGUUGUUAAUCAACAUACAUGGCCCUUUUGGACAGGAAACUGAUGACUUCCACUUCCAUAUAGCGACUGCAGCCAGCAUGUUCCAGGAACAUGGCUGGACACUGCUUAUUGGUGGCGAUUUCAAUAUUGCCCCAACAUACAGAGACCGCCUACAUGCCAAUGAUGAUGAGCGCAAUUUCCACAUCAUUCCCAUGUAUAACCUCUACAACAACACUGUGGAUAUCCUUGACUUUCAGUGCCAACGCAUAUCAGCAGCACCUGCCAAUGCCACAACUGGGCCACUGGUGGAAUGACUUCACCUACAACCACAAUCAUGGUGGGUACAUAUCCCGUCUAGAUCUGUUUCUGGUACCCCUCGAAUGGGCUUUGCGAUGGAACACAGAGUACAUCGCCGCUCUACCAGUGGCAGAUCAUAAGACGAUAAUACUCACCAUUGAUUCUGUGACUCCUGAGCCUAAGCGCACACACCGACCAUACCGUCUGGACCCUGCCAAACUCAAUAUUGACACCAAUGUUGAGUUUGUCAACAAGAAAUUUGACAUGUUCCUCAGCAACAUCCCUGAAACGCCCAGAGAGAUACUGCCAGCAUACAUGCAAGUCCUGGCUGACAUACUUGAC